ACAUCCAUUUGCCAAUACUCUCUCGGCGCCGUAACUCAAGUCCUCGCCGGCCAUGUCGGAACCAUCGAACUUGCUGCCGUCUCCGUUGAAAACUCCGUCAUUGCCGGAUUCUCUUUCGGCAUCAUGUUGGGGAUGGGAAGUGCACUAGAAACGCUUUGUGGACAAGCUUUCGGAGCUGGGCAGCUCGAUAUGCUAGGGAUCUACAUGCAAAGAUCAUGGAUCAUUCUCACCUCCACAGCGCUAGUGAUCAUGUUUCUAUACAUAUUCUCAGCUCCGGUUUUGAUACUCAUCGGCCAGACAGCCGAGAUAUCAAAUGCAACGGGGACAUUCGCGGUGUGGAUGAUUCCACAGCUCUUUGCAUACGCGAUGAUCUUUCCGCUCGCCAAGUUCUUGCAGGCGCAGAGCAAGUUCAUGGUGAUGGCGGUGAUAUCCGCGGUGGCACUGGUUCUGCACUGCUUCUUCAGCUGGUUACUGAUGCUGAAGCUGGGGUGGGGGCUGGCAGGAGCAGCGGUGGUGCUGAACGCGUCGUGGUGGUUCAUAGUGGCGGCUCAGCUGCUGUAUGUGUUCAGUGGGUCGUGUGGUGGAGCUUGGAGUGGGUUUUCAUGGAAGGCCUUUCAGAACCUCUGGGGAUUUGUUAGGUUGUCCCUUGCAUCUGCUGUAAUGCUAUGCCUAGAAUAUUGGUAUUUUAUGGCACUUAUUCUCUUCGCCGGAUAUCUAAAGAAUGCAGAAGUUUCUGUGGACGCCUUAUCCAUAUGCAUGAACAUACUGGGAUGGACAAUCAUGGUAGCUUUUGGAUUCAAUGCAGCCUCAAGUGUGAGAGUGUCGAAUGAACUAGGGGCGGCACAUCCAAGAACAGCGAAAUUCUCUGUGGUGGUGGUCUCAGUAACCGCGGUUCUGUUUGGUCUCUUGCUCGCGCUCAUUCUCAUCAUCAACCAAAAGCAGUACCCAGAUUUGUUUUCAAAUAAUGCAGAAGUAAAACAACUUGUAUUCGAGCUCACGCCAUUUCUAGGAGCCAGCAUUGUCAUUAACAAUAUUCAGCCUGCUCUUUCUGGAGUGGCAAUAGGGGCAGGAUGGCAAGCCAUUGUUGCAUAUCUGAACAUUGGAUGCUACUAUCUAUUCGGUAUUCCUUUGGGUCUCCUAACCGGGUACAAGUUUGGCAUGGGUGUCAAGGGGAUAUGGUAUGGAAUGCUGUCAGGAACAAUCCUACAGACCUGCUUCUUGUUCUGGAUGAUUUAUAGAACAAACUGGAAUAAAGAGGCUUCUAUAGCUGGAGACAGAAUUAAACAAUGGAGUGGCAAAUCAGAUGCCAAAAAGGAAGGUGAAGAAAUUUGA